AAAUAGACAGACACACACACUCACACUCACUCUCACACACACACACACACACACACACACACACCUGCUCUGUACAGAGGUUGGUGUUCUUCAGCCUUGUUUAAUUUCAGUUUAUUCAGACUCUACUGUUCUGCUGUUUAUCCAUUUAAACCAAGACCUCUUAAAGAAAUGUCUUUUCCGAGUCUCAGUAAGAGCGCGGCUCAGAACCGGGCACUGAUAGUCUCGGUGGAGAGUUACAGCGCAUGCGCAGGACUCGGGAAGCGGAGCGGAGUGCGAAGGGACACGAAGCGGCUGCACGCGGCUCUCAAACGGAGAGGUUUCCAAGUGACAAUCCUGAACGACCCGGAUGCGCUCGAGAUCAUCGAAGAAUUUAAAGCAGAGAGUGAGCAGUCAGUGCACAGCUGUUUUGUGGGUGUGAUAUCCAGUCAUGGAGAGAACGGAGUGGUAUUCGGAUCAGACGGACGCCCUGUCAAACUGGCACAUAUAUACUCACAAUUUGGAGGACCAGUCAUGGCUAACAAAAGCAAACUGUUCCUCAUCCAGGCUUGUCGAGGCAGUGAGCUGGAUAAUGGUGUUGAGACUGAUACAGUCUGCGUAGACUCAUCUGAAGAUGACGGUGUAUAUGAAUGUCAGUCAAUUCCUAACCAAACAGUUGUUGCUUAUGCUACGGCUCCAGGCUACAGUGCCUUCAUGCACCCGACCGGCUCAGUGUUCCUGCAGACGUUCUGUGAUCUGGUGGAGGAGUGUGAGGAGUGGGAGAUCACACGGUUUCUGACUCAACUAAAUCGGCGUAUAGCCUAUGAGUUUGAGGCAAGAGGAAAGAUGCUGAAGGGCAAAAAGGAGAUGCCAUGUUUCGUCAGCCGCCUCACCGCUGACUUUUACCCCUUCACCAACACAAUCAAAGUUUCGGCCACGGAGCUGCUCCUAGACACACUGACUGCUCGAAAAAACUCUAUCAGCUGAACUUAAACCUGAGAUAACUGACUUGUAUUGUCCAAGAUGACUUUAUUAGGACAUAUUCUCAUUCUGGUGCUAUACAGUGGAAACAAAACUAUUUUAUGUUGGUUACUAUGACUACAGGGAGAUCAUUAUGGUGAAUUAUAGGGCGCAGCGUUAGAGAGCAGAUUGAUUUGUGUAUUAAACCAUAUAUAUAUAUCAAUAUAUAUAUAUAUAUAUGAGCAUAGGACUGGAGAGUAUUUGCACAUAUUUAACAAUGUUAUAAAUAAUGACGAUACUUGAAUGAAUACACGAUUAUGUCAUAUGUCUGUACAAACAUUACUUAAGAAAGUUUCAAGAAAGUUUUGGGACAAUUGUUGUUUUGGAUUGUUCUGGAUGUAGAAUAAAGUGUCACUGUCA